AUGGAGUCCAAAGAGUGCCUUCUUGUGGUGAAUGGUGCAGAACUCAUCCAUCGCUGUGCCUUGGCCAAAGUGCUGCAGGAGGAGGAGAUAGAUGGGUUUGAGGGCUACUCCCUCACUGACUGGCUGUGCCUGGCUUUUGUGGAAAGCAACUUCAACAUAUCAAAGAUAACUGAGAAUGCAGAUGGCAGCUUCGACUACGGCAUCUUCCAGAUCAACAGCCAUUACUGGUGCAACGACUACCAGAGUCACUCCGAGAACUUCUGCCACGUGGACUGUCAAGACCUAUUGGAUCCUAGACUCCUUCCUUCCAUCAACUGCGCAAAAAUGAUUGUGUCUGGAUCAGGAGGGGUGAAGAACUGGGUAGAAUGGAGGUUGCACUGUUCAGGACGGCCACUCUCCUACUGGAUAACAGGAUGCCAUCUGGGAUGAAACAGAGCGCAGGCCCACUGGGGAGUCACUCCAGGACGCCUGUAUGACUUGGAGAUUCUUCACUACUUCGUCCUCUUGCCUUCAACUCAUAUUAUUUUCUUCUCUUCUCACUCACAAGUAAAACUGACCAGAGUCCCAGGGAUGUAAAUGCCUUUCUUAAGGUCCCUCCUUGUGUUCAUCCAGGCCCAGUUCCUUUGUUCCUAUCACUUUCAACCCAAGAAGACCACAAUAAAUAAAUUUGAAUUUUUUAAUUUAUUAAAGGACACCCUGGGCAAAGAA